AUAAUAGUUAGUACAAUUAUUUUACUUAUAAUAUCAACCAGUCCCCCCAAUACUCACCUUAAAAGAAGAACACUUAGUUUCUCUAUUUCUUCAUCUUCCCUCUCACCUGUUUUCUGAAAGCAAGCUUUAUAUAUAGUAUACUUAACAAUAAUGGGCAAUAAACGCAUAAAAGCAAUGAUGAUUCUAGUGGUAAUGAUCAUGAUGGUGUUCUCAUGGAGGAUUUGUGAAGCCGAUAGCUUAAGAAGAUACUCAUCAUCGUCAAGACCACAAAGAUUUUUCAAGGUGAGAAGACCUAACCCCCGUAAUCAUCAUCAUCAGAAUCAAGGUUUCAAUGGUGAUGAUUAUCCUCCAGAAAGUUUCUCAGGAUUUUUGCCCAAGACAUUGCCAAUUCCACAUUCUGCUCCUUCCAGGAAACACAACGUCUACGGUUUACAGAGAAUUAAUUAUUGCAGCCACUAAU